UGUUUGAGUGCUGAAAGCCAGCUAUCUUCGAGCGUGCAUAUCCACUAGUAUUCACACACUAAGUGGAUGCUACUGCAGUAGUAUUAGAGAUGUUUUUAUAAGCACAAGUGCAUCUGUAUACAGCGUUCACUGUGUCGCUGUAUUGUGGUAAAUCUCUGAAUGGUGUUUUUGAAUGUUUCUCCAAUGACAGAGUAAAUCGGUCUGGUGAGCAGUGCAUGAUGACAUUCGUAAGCGAUUACUGAUAAAAGGACAUUGCGGAUCAUUUUUUUCUUUUCAUCUCAAAAUAGAAAAUAAUGAAUUCAAGGAUUUCCCCCUGAUUUCAAAAUGUAAAACUCAUGUUGCUCCUACAACUGAGGAACAGCUUUGAAGAAAUCAUCAUAGCAACAUAAUUUCAUGACAAUGCGAAUAAAAAUAUGUGUAAUCAUAAUCAAUAGAAGGUGAAAACGCUAUGAACUAUAAUAAAAAGAAAGUAGACAUGAACGUGUAUGAAGAGUGAUCCGUGUGGGUCUAAAAAUACAAUCAAUCGAGAUAAACAAAACAAUAAUCAUAUUUGUUGAUUCCGUGCCUGGCGACUGACCUAAAUUUCCCUGUACCAGUUGUGGUCAAUUUAUCACCGAGCUUGUCAUCUGAGUUGAACAGAGGAGGAGAUCUGGUUACUAAGGAAGCCAUCAGCAGGUCAUAGGUCAUACACAGAUAACCACGGCAGGUCAAAGGUUAGCCUGACAACCGUCAUCAUGGACGGGGAUCCGGAGAGGCACCCUGGAGAAAAAGAAGAACAGAAAUCUUCAUGUAAGCACUACUGUGAGCGAGUAGCUUGGUCGUCUAUCGUAGCCUCUAUCCUAACCGUGAUCGGUGUCGUGUUGGUAGUCGUGUGCGUAGGUUUUAACAGUCGAUUAGCUGGGCCACUCUUCAGCAACACUUAUAUAGAAGAGGCAGUUUAUACUUGGUUCUCGUGGAUAGAGAUAGGUGCUUACGUUGGACUGGUGCUAAUGGUUGCAUUGGUUAUUCUCUUCUUCUCUACUGGUUGCAUGGCAACGGGAUAUCAGAAUGCAUCAACAUGGUGUGCUUUUAACAAGGCUCAAACAGGCAGACGACAGCUGACUGCGUUUAUAAUCGUGGCAUACGUCGUCAAUCUAGGCUGGUAUGUCUUCUUGUUUGGUUCGGCUAUACCUACUGUAUUCUUCAUGAUGUUACACAGUGGAAUCUGUACCAAUGCAGUAUUUACCGCCUCUACAUGUCUUGAUCUCAGGCAGUUUGGCCUCGCACCUCCAAGUCUCCCAGGAGCAAUCAACAGCACCUUGAUCUGUGAACAAAAUCUACAGGCCAUCUGUGACAGUAACCUUCAAUCAAACUUCAUCCUUGGAAUAAUUGGAUGUGUUCUUGUCCUAAUCGGCAUGAAUCAUUUCAUGAUGAGCAUAGCGGGUAACUAUAACUGGUUGAGAUUACGGAAACGACGACAGAAGCUGACGGCUGGUAAGAUCAACCGUCGCUCAGGAACAUACGAUCUGAGUACGAGCCCAUACACGGAGAGACAAGAAUCCCAAGAUUCCAACGCUCAUCUUCGUCGAGUCAACCUCCAUCAUGGAUCAUCAUCGAACAUCUUGACGUCAUCGAACACAUCUAUUCCCACGGUGGCAGCGAAUGUGCCUCCAGCAGUGACCACGAUGUCGUCGACGUUUUCGAUGCCGGUGGCGCCAUCGUCGAGGAGCGAACCAGCUUCGAACUCGUCUUCCAUGCAGUCGUCAAAGAUCUACAAUCAGACGUAUGGAUUCGAUGAUGGUGGGUUUGGACAGCAAAACGGUGGGAGUACGCGUGUCACCUUCGCCGACGCGAAGCCGACUUCAACUGCGGCUCCGAGAUCGAACAUUUCGAACGCUGCUCCGAGAUCGAACACUUCAAACGCUAAUCUGAUACGGUCAACGGGAGAAGAUAAGAACGAUCUCAGUAAAUAUGCGGAUAGGAGCUACGACAGUGGCAGUCGAUAUGAUCAUCACAAUCCCGCUUUCGAUGAAAACUAUUGGGAUCAGCAACAAUAUGCUCCACCUGAGCAAACUGAGAGGGAUAACUAUUACAGCAGAGGUUAUAACAAUUCUUCUAAAACCAACGGUACAGCGACGAGCUACGACCAGGGAGGCUAUAACAAUUCUUCUAAAACCGACGGUCCAGCGACGAGCUACGACCAGGGAGGCUAUAACAAUUCUUCUAAAACCAACGGUCCAGCGACGAGCUACGACCAGGGAGGCUAUAACAAUUCUUCUAAAACCAACGGUCCAGCGACGAGCUACGACCGGGGAAACUUUAAUCAAGGGUAUUAUAAUAAUUACGAUUACGAUGCGGCGGAUAAUGCAGGAGGAUAUCAAAUGGCGCCGAUGUCGUCAUACGGACAGGACAACUCACAAUCGUUAGCUCAAGAUCGAAAAGCAAUGGGAAAUAACUUUUACGAAUACCAACUCUAGUCUUUUUUUUUUGUAUACGUAAAUUGUAUUCAAAUUAUCACGAGAUAGUAGACUAGAAGGAAUUAUUUACCAACGAUUUGGCAUCAGCAAGAAAUAAAGUAGAAACCGAUGAUGAAUCUGUGAUCAUUUUCUAUAGGUCUUUUAAGACUCAAGCAGACAAAUGCUAUCAUGGGCAGACUAGGACCGAAUUUCGCUUGGGAAAUUUCGAUCUAACCGGCCCACUAAACCUGGAGAACAGAACAACGGCCCUCAGAUCACAAGCCAAAAAUCAGGCGACCCAGUGGGAAACUCCUUAUAGCCAGGCGGCCUCUGAAGGCGUGGCACCAUGGUGUCCCUUUUACAAUAAUUUUGUUGAAUAAAUUAAUUCACUUUACAAAACUUCCAAUAACAAUUACAUUCAUGUCGAGAGAAUUUUAAGUAUUAAAGGAUUCAACCCCCCUACCUUUAUCAUCGAUGCCCCUGGUACAUUAUAUUGUAUUUUUAGUCCCCAUAAUCAUUAUAAAGCACAUGUAUUUCAAACUGCUGCAAUUUUUACCAAAGCAUCUUGUUUUUACUAUGUACCGGUAAUCCAUUUUCACAACUGUACAUUUUUGUUCAAUGUUCGCAUUUCAUGUUUGUAUAUUUCGGUACAUUGUGUGUGUAUAGUUAAAUUCAAUGGAAUGUAUUGUCUUCGAAGUGAAUGUUUACCGCCAAUUACAUGGAAAUAUGUCUUCUUAAAAGGGUUGUCUUCUAUACUGGGGGCGAAUGCAUGCCGCUGUCAUUAUGUAAUGCUUCCGAAUUUUGGAAUUAUAAUUUAAUUCUUCCAUUUAAGUCAUACCUAUAAUAUAUAUCACAGCGAAAGUUUUGAAUUUUUCUUUUAAGUUCUAAAUUCUUCAAUCUAAUUCAUAAUUAAUUUGCUUUGCAGCUAGAGUUUUGAAAACAGGAUCGAAUUUCUAAACACAGCGUAUAAAUCUCUGUCUCGAUACAAAUACGAAAAAGUGCAUUUCUAGAUAUCUGACGUGUCACAAUGCCAAUCAUCUUUUAAAACUCAGAGAUUUUUUUCAAUAUUCUAUUUUAUUACGUUUUUUAGAGAAGAAAAAAAAAUCGUAAAAGUACGUACUGCUUUAUCUUAUAAUUAAACAUGAGUAGCCUAAACAGACACAGUCAUAACAACAAAUUAUGUGUCGAUAGUAUUAUGUGCAAACAAAAUGUCUCAAUAUCCAUUUUUGAUGUACGCCAUUUUUUUUAAAUAAAUCAUUUGAGGAAGUUAAAA